UGACCAAUCAGAGAAAAGCGUGCCUUCACCACGUGACAAGCAGGAAAAACGCCAGGUCACGAACUCUGACCCGCUGGACUGCGUGCUUAUUUCUUCUGCCCAUUUUUCACCCAUUUUCUGCAGAGAGCACCUAAGCGGUGCUUCUGGCCAGGCAGGGUUGCAUGAGCGAUAAGUCCCCACCGGUGGAUCACACGUACUACCAGGUCACCAUGGACGCCGUGCAGGAAGCCGUAGCGAUGAGCGAGGGCCAGACGGUGAGCGUAGAGCAGCCCAUCGAGACGACGGUGGCCACGGCGCACGCGGGCCAGGAGACGGUCGCCAUGACGGAGACGGUGUCGGUGUCCCCCGGCACGCCCAUGUCUACAUCCACGGCGACAGUCACCAUCACCGUCACCCCUCAACAGCUGAGUGCAGCAGGUGCACACCUGACCACCCCUACAACCCUGAUGGUAUCUCCCACGAGUACCCCCAUGGUGUCCUCCACUACCCUGAUGAUGACGCCGGGCGGAACCCCCAUAGGCACCCCCACGGCCGUCAUGAUGUCCCCCAACAGUGUGCUGUUCACACCGGGCUCCGGCGACACCAAACCACAGGAGCUAUGUGUGGUGUGUGGGGACAAGGCAUCAGGGCGGCACUAUGGCGCAAUAAGUUGCGAGGGCUGUAAGGGCUUCUUCAAGCGCAGCAUUCGUAAGAACCUGGGCUAUGUGUGCCGGAGCAGCAAGGAGUGCCCCAUCAACAAGCACCACCGGAACCGCUGCCAGUACUGCCGGCUGCAGAAGUGCCUGUCUGUCGGCAUGAGGUCGGAGUCGGUCCAGUGUGAAAGGAAGCCUCUUGAUCCAACAGCUCGCGAGCGCCCGCCCAACUGCGCCACCUCCACCGAGAAAAUCUACAUCCGCAAGGACCUCCGCAGCCCGCUGGCCGCCACGCCCACGUUCGUGACGGAGAGAGAACCCAAGUCGGGAGGGCUGUUCGAUGCCGGCAUGCUCGCAAACAUACAGGAGGCACUUAAACAGCAAGGUGACAGCAAUGCACCCAUACUGCUUGCCGUGGACCCUACCAAGUCUGACGGGAAGGAGGGGGACGGUAACACAGACCUGAGCACGCUGGCGAACGUUGUGACCACGCUGGCGAGCAUGAGUAAGAACAAGGAAGGCCAGGCGCAGCAGAACGGAGGGGAGGGGGACGCGGCGAUCAGCGGUGACGGGACCGUGAUGGAGGUUCAGACGUCAACGGACAUCUCCAAGGCCUUUGAUAACCUCACUAAGGCCCUCAACACAUCUCAAACAGGUGAACAAGGCAUCACAUCAGACGGCUCCCAGGGGAUGGAGGGGACGUCAGACCAGGACCAGACCACCGUGAUCGAGCUGGAGGGUCCGCUGCUCACGGACGCGCACACGGCCUUCAAGCUCACCACGCCCUCGCCCAUGCCGGAGUUCCUCAACGUCCACUACAUCUGCGAGUCUGCGUCGCGCCUGCUGUUCCUCACCAUGCACUGGGCACGCUCCAUCCCCGCCUUCCAGGCUCUCGGACAAGAGUGCCAUACCGGGCUUGUGCGGGUGUGUUGGAGUGAGCUGUUCACCCUGGGCCUGAGCCAGUGUUCAGCUGUCAUGUCUCUCCCCACCAUCCUCACCGCUAUCGUCAACCACCUGCAGUCCAGCGUACAGGCAGACAAGUUGAGUGCAGACAGAGUGAAGGUAGUGAUGGAACACAUCUGGAAGCUACAGGAGUUCAUCAACAAGAUGGCCGCCCUGACGGUGGACCCUACAGAGUAUGCCUACAUGAAGGCCAUAGUUCUCUUCAGCACAGACCACCCCGGCCUGCUGAACCCUCGGCAGAUCGAGAAGUUCCAGGAGAAGGCCCACGAAGAGCUGAAGGAGUACGAAGCUCAAGCGCACCCUGAUGACACAGAAAGGUUUGCGAAGCUUCUCCUGCGGCUACCAGCCCUGCGCCUGCUGUCCCCGUCCAUCAUGGAGGAGCUGUUCUUCGCGGGACUGAUCGGCAACGUCCAGAUCGACAGCAUCAUUCCGUACAUCCUUCGUAUGGAGACGGCAGACUACAACAGCCAGAUCGGGGGGACCUCGCAGUAGAGAGCCAGUUGUCCGACGUCCAUUCGUAAAACAACACAGCACAACAUGUUUUCUCCCCUGUUUAAAUAGUACACAUUCUGUACAUUGUUGUGUAGCCAAUCCACUCAUAGAACAGAACAUGUCUGGAAAAGGGUGAGACUUUUUGAACAGCUCGUGUAAAAUUUUUCCCCCGUGGUGUAGUCAUCUGGUUUUGGUGUGUCUCCGUCUGUCGGUGUUUGGACAUUAAUGUGUCUUCUAAUGUGUGAUACUGUGCACGGUAGGAGUUCAUUUGUAGGCACAAAGUCACACCCAUCAGCAAAUACGAAGAAUGAAUGUAAAGUAGGACAAAAAAAGAUUCAUUUGGAGAUGACCACGACUAUUUGUACGACAGCACAUAACCUAUAACUCUGAUUUGUAAAACGAUUGUCUGUGCUACAAAUAAGAAAUGUUGAAGGGAUCUAGGUUGAAAGUUUUGACAUUUGUACUUACAUCGACAACCCUCUAACAAGUACGUGUAUACGUGGCAUGCUUUCCCGUGUGAUUUAAUAGCGAGAUCCCGCCAAGCGGGCGCUCUGACCCGACGCUGGUCUACUCCUGAUUAUCCGCCAUGUAAAUAGAGCAGCACUACAAUUGACCAAGUCAAAUUUCCUGUGGGAUGUAGGUGUAAGAUUCUGUACAUGUAUCUAUCCACCAGUGUGAUUCCAAUGGGACCUCGUGUGAUGUAGUUAGACCUCAGAGGGCUUGUGGUAAAGAGAAUCAGUCGGACUGUUCUAGAGUGGUUUCCGAUCACGUAGACGAUAAUGUUUCAAGCAACGAUAAUGUGCCUUGUACCAUAGUGAAGACCAGCGGAAGGAACGGGGGUCCCUGGAAGACAAGACUGUUGUUGAUAAACCAUACACAUUUGUCACGUUUCUUUUCCAAUAGGUUAUUGUGAAGGAAUGGUAGUUUGACGGUAGCCGUGUGUAGAUUGUCCAUUAACCACGCGUGUGUCGUUGUGUACCUUAGAACAAGUGAAACCAUUAACACAAAUGAAAUUUGCUAUACCCAGCCGUUUGCCACGGAAUAUUGCACUCACAUAUGAUGUAUUUUAAUUCGAAGCCAGAUAAGCGAUAAUGCUAGUGUGUUUUCAAUGUAUUGUAAUUUUUAAGAAUUGUUUAAUACUGUUAUGAGAUAUAAUAGAGGGGGUUGGAAGAGGUGUCUCGGCUUAGAGGCAUGUUGGAACAACAUUUAUGGGGGGUUUUAAGUUGACUAUGGAUGCCAGGUUGUUAAGAAACUUAAGCUUCUGUAAUAGCCGCUAUUAAAGAGUAGACGAAAACGAUGUAAAUGUGGUUUGCGGCAAUACAUAGAGGUUGUUUGUACGCUGUAGCUAUGGAAAGAUGAAUGUUGUAUAACACCGGGGUUCUAUAUGUGAGUGUAAGCUAUGGCUAGAGCUGUUGGGAACACGGUGUGUGUGGUAUGUACACCUAGGUGCCAAUGUUCAUUAGUACGUUAACAACGGUACUUCUUUAAUGGACUGAUCUACGAACCUCUCACCUGGCUGAAAGAAAUGUGAAUAAUAUGUACAGGACUCAGAUUUGAAUGUAUUAGGAAUCGUUUGUGAUAUUUUUGCAAUAGCGUUGUCGUUUUUUUCUUUUUAAUCGGACAUUUUUUAAGUGCUUCGGAUGAUUGGUUGAAAAUUCGUCGGAAUAAUUGUUAACAGCUUAGCGUGUAUGAUUGUUUACAGCUGAGUAGGUUGUUGUGGAGGUAAUGCUUGUUAAGUUGAACCGAUGACCAUUCCAGUGAAUAACAUUGACUAGGAAAAUUCUAUUGUCAAUGGAACCUAAAACUCCCAAUGUGCAACUUCUCAGCUGUGCUAAUUGUGAAUUUCAUUGUUUAAAUAACCCCCUACUUUAGUUGUCUACUAGUAUUUUCCCCUGUGGCUUCAUGGUUUUCAACUGUCUUUGCUGACAUUUAAAUAAGAUGAUUUUGGAAAGAAA